UACAGUAUUAACAGAUGGAUGUGGGGGUCAUAUAGGGUGGGGAGAGUGUCAGUUUAUAUCUUGGGGUGAGAAUGUGUUUGGACCUGGAUUUGUCAAGUCCCUGAAUAUGAAUGAUGGUCUAAAAGGCACAGAGCCCUCACAGGGCAGCACAGGGCAGCACACAGCAGUUUUGGACAAAGUGUUUUUCAAUAAAGUUUAUUUCCCUUAAUCAAUUAUUGUUAUGUUGAGGCAUUUGUUACAACAACAAUGUUUUAAAAUCUCCUUUUUGCAAAAACAAAAAAAAGAAUUCUAAGAAUUCCUUGAAUAUCUAAUUAACAUAUUACAGAAUGUUGAUGAUGUCAUGGUUCUACAGUGGAAUCACUUAGAACUUGGUUGUGUGUAGACUGGACACUUCACAUUCAGUCAGACACUCAUCGAACCGGUUUGGUUGAACAAUUUGUGACAAGUCAGUUGUACAUUUUGGACAGUCAUGGCUUUUCAUGAAACUAUGAACACCUUGAUACAGCGGUGGAAGAACAGAAGUGAUGAACCAGCAAGCCCCAGUGGAGACAGUGGCUCCAGGACUCAGUCCAGGAUCCUGGACAUUGAGAGAGCUGAAAGGGCUGAGAGGGCUGCACUCAUUCACCGUGCAGAGAGGCUGUGUUGGUCCCAGAAAGCCCACAGCGAUGCUGUUCUGGAGAGACUGGGAUUCUCCGUCCAGCGGGACACCCUCUCCUCACCUGAGCCCCCAGCUUCUCCCAGAAGAAGCUGUGAAUCCUCGAUGUGGGGAAGGAGGAUCAGGCCCUUCACAGAGGAGAAACUUCCAGAAGAGCACCCCUUCUUUGAGAAGAAGCUGUAUCUGGGCAGUCAGAUGGCAAUGGUUGCCUGUCAGGCGGCAAAGCUGGCCAAAAGCAGGAGCCCAAGUCCAGACUCCUCCAUCGGUUCAGCCGACACUCCAACUGAGCUGAGAUCGAUUCCAUUCUUAGGCAGUUUCACCCCAACUCCUCCUCCAACCAGGAGACGGUCCCGCCUUCCAGUGAUGACUCUACAGCUUGGUAGAGCAGGUAAGGAAGUGGAUGGAUGCAGGCUCCAAACAGCGAAACCUGUGAACCUGGUGGAAGGAAUUGAUUCCACAAUGGAGAAGAUCAGGCUCAUGCAGCAUCCUUCACCAAAACCACCAGCAGCCCCCAGAAGGACCCCAGCGGUGGCACGAAAGGUUCACGCACCAUCAUCUGCCCUACCAAAGAGACAGGAAUAUCAUCAGGAGACCCCAGUGAGACCCAAGGUUCCAGUGCCUCCAUCAAAACCUGCCCCACCCAAAAGACAGGAAUUUCAUCAGGAGACCCCAGUGAGACCCAAGGUUCCUGUGCCUCCAUCAAAACCUGCCCCACCCAAAAGACAGGAAUUUUAUCAGGAGACCCCAGUGAGACCCAAGGUUCCUGUGCCUCCAUCAAAACCUGCCCUGGUCAACAAAAAAGGACCUCGCCGUGGCACAAACCUCCGCACCAAAAAGCCAGUUGUGGUUGACAUCCGGCCUUUGGCGAACCCAUCAGAGGGCUUGUCCGUCUGCUUCAAGCAGCUGGAAUCAGAAGACUGGGAGGAGAAAAUGAAAGGCUUGAAAACUGUUCGAGCUCUGGCGCGACACCAUUCAGCACUACUACAGACCAAACUCCAUGAAAUCUGUUUGGUCCUUGAAGAACAGGUGAAUAAUCUGCGUUCUGCUGUGGCUGUUGCUGCAAUGGACGCCGUAGGAGAGCUCCAUGUCCAAUUAGGGAAAGCCAUGGACCCCCACGCAGAGAGGACAGGCCGCGCCCUGCUGCUGAAGUUGGCAACAACAACCAACACCUUCAUUCACCAGCAAGCUAACCUGGCCCUGGAUUCACUGGUGGAAGGCUGCAGCCCUGGAAGGAUUAUCACCUUUCUUGUCAACGCCGGGCUAAAUCAUCGUUGUGCUGCAGUAAGGGCCAGCACUGCACAGCACCUGCACCAGCUGGCAGACAUCAUGGGAGUGGACCAGACAUUGGCGGCAGGAAAGGUCUUUGCAAAACGCUACCUGACUGCUGUCAGUAAGAUGGCAGUGGAUGCUGCACCAGAUGUCAGGCACCAUGGACAGGCGAUGCUUCAAGGACUCGUCCACCAGAAGGAUUUCAUCGCACUGUAUGAUAAGGUCGUCCCAACGGCAGACAGGCGGCCCUUGCAGAAAAUCUUGCAGAAGAUGAGGCAGUAGAGGCAGUGGACCUGGGCUUGGGGUUUGCAUGUUCUCCCCCAAUGCCAGUCAGGGUUCUCUUUGGCAUUCCCAAAGACAUGCAUAUUAGGUUUAUUCAGGUAAGUUAUUAGGUUAUUAGACUGGUGACUUGUCCAGGGUAGAUUCUGGACUAGUCACCAGUCUAUCUUGAGGCUGGCAUAGAGGUGCAGGGGUUAGCUCUGUUAGCUCACAGGAAGAGGGUUUUGGGUUAGAACUUGAGGAUAUACUGGGCCUUCCUGUGUAGAUUUUGUAUGUUCUCCCCAUGCCAGUGUGGGUUUUCACCAGGUGCUCCGGUUUCCUCCCACAAUAUUAACAAUGUUAAUAAUUUCAUUAAAAAAAAUGUUCUCCCCAUGUCAGUCAGGUUUUAAUUUAGGUGCUCCGGUUCCUACGGUGGCCCUGAAGUGCAAACAACACCAGCAAUUCACACAAUGCACCAGCAUUUCACCACAACGCGCCAGCAUUUCACUACAACGCGCCAGCAAUUCAUCAAAAAGCAAAGGGUAGGUACAUAUUGGACACUGAUCCUCCUCCUGAUUGGUCCCUGCCGUCAUUCGCUUCUCCAUAGUAAAACCAGCCGCCCCUAUAUAUAUAUGUAGUGCGCCCGUAUUGUGAUAUUUAUGGUGAAUUCAUUGAGCCUGUUCAGAGUGAGCUGACAUGAAGGAUAAACACUUUACUGUCCAAUAUGUACCUACCCUUUCCGUUUUGAUGAAUUGCUGGCGCGUUGUGCGAAUUGCUGGCGUGUUGUGGUGAAAUGCUGGCACUUUGUGGUCAAUUGCUGGCGUGUUGUGUGAAUUGCUGGUGUUGUUUGCACUUCAGGGCCACCGUAGUCCAGGGUAGAUUCUGGACAAGUCAUCAGAGUAUCUUGAGGCUGGCAUAGAGGUGCAGGGGUUAGCUCUGUUAGCUCACAGGAAGAGGGUUUUGGGUCAGAACUUGGGGACAUACUGGACCUUCCUGUGUGGAGUUUGUAAGUUCUCCCUUUGCCAGCGUGGGUUUUCACCGGGUGCUCCGGUUUCCUCCCACAAUAUUAACAAUGUUAAUAUUUGGAUUUUUAAAAAAAAGUUUUUCCCAUGUCAGUCAGGUUCUUCUUCAGGUGCUCCCGUUCCCUUUGAAAAUCCCAAAGACAUGCAGAUUAGGUUAAUUGGUCACUCUAAAUUGCCCCUAGAUGAAAUAGCUUUAAGUCUAUUUGGUCAGUCUGUAAUAGACUGGUGACUCGUCCAGAAUUACACUGGACAAGUCACCAGUCUAUCACAGGACAAGAUCUUGAGGCUGGCUAGAGGUCCCAGGGUUUACACUAGGUGCUCCCGUUCCCUACGACAUUCCCAAAGACAUGCAGAUUAGGUUUAUUAGGUGAGGUAAAUUAUUAGGUUAUUAGACUGGUGAUUUGUCCAGGGUAGAUUCUGGAC